GGGUCUGGAGCUGGGAGGCAUGUCCUCCACCCUAGAAGAGGAGUUGAAGACCCUCAUGAAUGGAGGUGCCAUCCCAGUGCCUGAAACUUACGAUGUGUCUUCUGGUAACCCUCAGCCUCUGCGACUGAGACGUAAUGCUUGCUACAUUGUCAUGGGUGUGAUACUGAAUGAGCAGGAUGAAGUGUUAAUGAUGCAGGAGGCUAAAGCCGAGUGUUGGGGGAGUUGGUAUCUACCUGCUGGGAGGCUGGAGAAGGACGAAACGCUGGUAGAAGGACUAUGCCGGGAGGUGAAAGAGGAAACUGGCCUCCUUUGUGAGCCCCUCACCUUAUUAACUGUGGAGGAAAGGGGAACUGCUUGGAUUCGAUUUGUUUUUUUGGCUCAGCACACAGGAGGUUCUCUGAAGACUACACUCUUGUCAGACUCGGAGUCACUGCAGGCCAUGUGGUGGGACAUGUCCUCUGCUUUGCCUCUCCGCUGCAAAGACAUUCUUCCCCUCAUACAAUUGGGUCAGGCGUUCAGACUUCUCCCCUCACAUCCAUCUAUUCUGCCUGCACUUUUGCCUUCCCCCCAUCUUGCCAUGCGUCUGGUUUUACUGUGCCUUGGCUCCCAGGAGGAAAUGUGGAUCCUACAGAGCUUGACUGAGCCUCCUCAUCUUCCUGUCACUGGGAGUGGACCUUGUAGAGGGAGUAUUCUAACCUCCUUACGAAGCAUGUUAGAGGAGGACCCUCCCCAGUAUUGUGGCAUUUUAGGAAUUCAGCACCAAGGCGGGGAAGGUGCAGAUGGGGUGUGUUUUAAUAUAAUGGCAGGGCUCAAUGCCCCACAACCUCCUGUAAUGACAUCAAAGGCUCUCUCCUGGGUGCUAGUACAGGAUGGAGAACUGAAGGAUAAAAUGAAACACAUUCUGGAGAACAAAACGUUACUUCCAUUAUACACCUGAUUAUCACACACAGAGCUCUGCAUGUUUACAAUGAUUAUGCAAAAGAGAAAUGCUUGUAAUGCACAGAUAAUGCAAUCCAGACUCAUGCGGGUAUACAUAGCUUAAGACAUGUAUUUUCUUGUUAUAGAUAACAACUGAUGCUUUUAAGCAAUUAAUAUUAAGCCAGGCCUCAUUAGUUAAUGACUAAAAUUAGGCUUCUGUUGAUCACCCAGAGGUUUGCUUUGGGACUCAUGUAAGGAAAAUGAUAGCUGCUAAUUUAUUUUUAUAAACUAUAAUAUAGUGAAGGAACUGUUGUUAGCUGUUUAUAUAAUUGUUGCUACUAUCACCACACGUCAGGUCACUCCACACAACACAAAGUGUAAAAUGUAACAUACAAAUAUGUGUGAGAACACACAAUAUAGAAAACUAAUAUUGCCACCAAGUAAGAUAUGGAAUUAGCCUAAAAUACACAAUAAAACCAGACGAUAAUGCAGUAUAUUACAUCUUCUUAAAACAUAUGUAUAUUUUUAUUUACCCAACUCACAUGUUGUUGAGCCAACUAUAGUACGCUAAGACUAUUAAGGCUCCAAUUAGGUACUCCUUGGCAAUAAAAGCAAUCCCUAAUGUCAAGGAGUACCUGAUUGGAGCCCUAAACGUCUCAGUCUUCUCUAUUUGGCUCAGCAACAUGUGAGUUGGGUAAAUAAGAAUAUGCCAUAUACUACACUACGGUCUUUUUUUUAUUAUUGUGUAUUUCAGGCUAAAUCCACAUCUUACUUUCUGGUUAUAUUACAUUUAUAUAUUGUGUGCUCACUCAUAUUUUUAUGUUUGUUUCUGAUACUAAAAAAGGAUAUUUAUUUUCUAUAACAGUUGAAAAAAGAAGAAUAAGGAUGAAAAUGCUAUAUCAGUUUGCUGCUUAUGUUUGGCAAUCUAAAAGAGCCAGAUUCUGAAUCAUGCUCAUUAAAGGGAUACUCUUAAGAAUCAAAACCACUCGAUCUUAUCGUAGUGGUUUUGGUGUGUAGAUGCUGUCCCUUUUCUCAGACAAUGUUAUGAAAAACAUUUACAUUAAACACGUGUCGGAGAGGCACAAGAGACUCUUACAUCCUAUGUUUUUCAAAGGACUUCACACUCACCCUCAUCACACAGGUUGAUGCAGUUGCACACAGGUUAUGCUUCUCUCAUAGUGAAGCAUUGCAUUGAUGGAUCACUGUGAUUGGCACGCAUGUGCUGUAUGUCUUCAGUGCUUUUCUAUGUAAAGCGACUGAUUCUACAGAAGUCAUCUGCAGAGAAGAGACUGUCACAGGGCUGAAACAAAGGUAAGGUAUAGUGGCGCAGUAUUCUAAACUUUCAAAGAAACAAAAUCUCUUUUUUUUUUAAAUUACUGUUCAU